AUUUGAAUUUCAAAAUCCUCACGAAACCCACCCCUUUUCCUCUCUCGCCCUUCAGAGACAACCGUUGCAAACUUCAAUUCUAGGGUUUACUGAAGAUAGUGAGAGAAGCCAGCCAUGGAAAAGUAUGAGAAGCUCGAGAAGGUCGGCGAAGGCACCUACGGCAAGGUCUACAAGGCCAAGGACAAAACCACAGGCCAACUCGUCGCUCUCAAGAAAACCAGACUAGAGAUGGAUGAGGAAGGCAUUCCUCCCACCGCUCUCCGUGAGGUCUCCUUGCUUCAGAUGCUCUCUCAGUCUCUUUAUGUCGUUCGUCUCCUCUCCGUCGAGUAUGUCGAUGCUAAUGCCUCCGCUGUCACCGAUGAUGACAAGGAAAAUUCCAUUUCUAAGUCUAAUCUCUACUUGGUCUUUGAGUAUCUUGACACUGAUCUCAAGAAGUUUAUUGAUUCGCACCGCAAAUGCCCUAACCCUAGGCCUCUUGCUUCUGGUCUAAUUCAAAGCUUCCUCUUUCAGCUCUGUAAGGGUGUUGCCCACUGCCAUAGCCAUGGUGUCCUCCACCGCGAUCUCAAGCCCCAGAACCUUCUCCUAGAUCAGGAUAAGGGUAUUCUCAAAAUCGCCGACCUUGGCCUUGGUCGUGCUUUCACCGUCCCUCUCAAAAGCUACACCCACGAGAUCGUUACUCUCUGGUAUCGGGCUCCUGAGGUCUUGCUCGGUUCCACUCAUUAUUCUACCGCUGUCGAUAUGUGGUCCGUUGGUUGCAUAUUCGCUGAAAUGGUCAGAAGGCAAGCUCUGUUUCCUGGUGACUCUGAGUUUCAGCAGUUGCUUCAUAUUUUCAGGUUGUUAGGAACGCCAACUGAAAAGCAAUGGCCAGGAGUAACUGCUCUGCGUGAUUGGCAUGUCUAUCCACAGUGGGAGCCUCAAAACCUGGCACGCGCUGUUCCAGCACUUGGACCUGAGGGUGUUGACCUUCUAUCGAAGAUGCUUAAAUAUGAUCCAGCUGAAAGAAUAUCAGCCAAAGCAGCUAUGGAUCAUCCCUAUUUUGACAACCUUGACAAGUCUCAAUUUUGAAGUUGCUGCAUGGACAAUGGACGUUGUAUCUUUAUCCUUGGAUUGUAUUUUAGAAAUGUGCUUCUUCUAUGUAGUGAAACCUUGCCCAAAAGCUGCAUUGGUUCAUCAUCUUGGUGAUUUAACAAUUGCACUUUAUCAUAUGAUACCUAUACCUGUAUGCUGAAAUGAAAUCUUUGUUCAAGUGACUUUAUAGCACUCUCAAAACUGUUAGAUACCAGCGAAUGAAAUUGAAGUUUUAUUUUAUGA